AUGUCAUUAUUACGACUGUUUACAAGCAAGGCUCCAGCAGUAUCUUCAGCACUGCGAUCGAACAUUACACAACAAUAUAAGAGCUUGGUACGGCGGUCAUUUUCAACAGCACCAGCUCUUUGGCAUGGCAAGCCCGGUGUAGCCAAAGGAGACGGUCCAUAUACAGUCAACUUUGUUAUGCCUGACGGUGAAGAGAUCUCGGUAAAGGCUGUCGAAGGAGACACUAUGUUGGACUUGGCACAGCGUUACGAUAUCGACCUUGAGUGUGCAUGCGAAGGAUCAUUGGCAUGUUCUACCUGUCACGUUAUUCUGGAACCAGAGUAUUAUGACAAGAUGGAAGAACCAUCAGAUGAAGAAAACGACAUGUUGGAUCUGGCAUUUGGAUUGACUGAAACGUCCCGACUUGGCUGUCAAAUCGAGAUGAACGACGAAUUAGAUGGAUUGACGGUGCGUCUUCCUUCCGCCACCCGAAAUAUGCGAGUAGAUGGCUCCAAGCCCGUCCACCAUUAA